GCUUAAUUGUUAUUUCCUCAAAGAUGGCUUCAAAUUCACAUGCAGUAUGCCUUCCAUUCCCGGUACAAGGCCAUAUUAACCCCAUGAUGCAACUGGCUAAGCUCUUGCACUCAAGAGGCUUCCAUAUAAACUUUGUCAACACCGAGUUCAACCAUAGACGAUUGAUCCGGUCUAGAGGGGUAGAAGCCGUUAAAGGUCUGCCGAAUUUCCAAUUCGAAACCAUCCCCGAUGGGCUGCCACCUUCUGAUGCCAAUGCAACUCAGCCUGUUCCACCACUAUGUGAUUCCACACGAAGAAAUUGUUUCACACCAUUCUUGGAACUACUCUCUAAGUUGAAUUCCUCACCCCAAGUGCCGCCUGUUACUUGCAUACUUUCUGAUGCAAUCAUGACUUGUGGAACCAAAGCUGCUCAACUCAUUGGGUUGCCUUAUGUUCAACUCUGGACUUCUUCAACUGUUAGCUUUAUGGGACUUCUUCAGUGCAAAGAACUUGUUCAAACAGGCGUUGUUCCAUUCAAAGAUGAACACUUUAUUAGCGAUGGGACACUUGAGAUGCCGAUUGAUAUCCCCGGUAUGCCUAAUAUGCGCCUCAAGGAUAUGCCGAGAAUAAUAAGAACCACCGACCCCAAAGACAUCAUGUUGAAUUUCUGCUUGGAAGUAUCACAAGAAUGCUUAGAAUUUUCUUCAAUAAUUUUCAACACAUUCGAUGGGUUGGACAAAGAAGUGCUACAAAUUCUUGCAGACAAAACCCCAAAUAUUUAUGCAAUUGGUCCACUUGCCUCGCUCUGUAGGAACAUUAACAUACCCGAAAUCCAGCACAACUCGCUAAAUUCAAGCCUAUGGAAGGAAGAUGCAAGCUACAUCGAAUGGCUUAACACAAUGGAGCCCAACUCAGUUUUGUAUGUGAAUUAUGGGAGUGUAACAGUGAUGUCAAACCAUCAUCUAAAAGAAUUUGCUUGGGGACUUGCAAACAGUAAGUACCCGUUUUUAUGGAUAGUGAGACUCGAUGUCGUAAGGGGUGAAUCGGCUGUUUUGCCUAAAGAAUUCACGGAGGAAAUAAAGGGAAGGGGCUUCAUCACAAGCUGGUGUCCCCAACAGCAAGUGUUGUCCCACCCAGCGGUUGGACUUUUUUUAUCACAUUGCGGAUGGAAUUCUGUAUUGGAAGCUGUUUCGGAAGGGGUGCCUUUAAUUUUCUGGCCUUUCUCCGCAGAUCAACAGACGAAUUGUCGAUAUGCAUGUUACACAUGGGGCAUUGCCAUGGAAAUCAACCCAGACGUAAAGCGUGACGAAGUGGAGAGUCUUGUUAGAGAGAUGAUGGAAGGAGAUGAUGGGCAAAGGAUAAGGCAAAAGUCCUUGGAAUGGAAGAAGAAAGCUAAAGCUGCCAUUAAUAAUGGAGGAUCUUCCCUUAUAAACUUUGAUCGAAUGAUCGAGGAGACCCUCGGUCGUGCUUGAGCCGUAAAAUUAGCAUACGUUGUUUGAAGUAAAAUUGGGAUUUCCGUCACUAUAAUAUAGCCUAUUUGAGAUUUAGUUUAAUGUAUUUUUAACAUAAUUUCAGUCCUGUUUAAUGAUUUGAAUGUGUUAUACUAUGU